AUUAUUGGGUCCCUUGCUGUGCCGUCGGAGUCCUUCCGGUCGCUAAAGCCGCCGGCGACUAAUAAUUCGGCUGGCUUCUGAGAGAAACCAAUGGAAGAGAUGAAGCAAUGGACAAAUGAACUACAACAAUGGAUACAUCAAGCACUGCAUUGGAUUCAUCAAAUACCAUCUGUUCAAAUUUAUGUUUCUAUCGGUGUGCUCUUCCUGACGACAGUUUUUCUCUUGUUGGCUUGCUUGUUCAGACGAACAAAAUAUAACACUAUUGUGCUUGCUGGGCUAAGUGGUAGUGGGAAAACAGUCCUUUUUCACCGGUUUCAAGAUGGCUCUUUACCACAGGGUACUAAUACAUCGUUGGAUCCAAAUGAGGGCAAUUUCGUGCUCUAUUCUGAGUCCACUGAGAAGGGGAAAAUAAAGCAUGUCCACUUAGUUGAUGUUCCUGGGCAUUCCCAUUUGCGACUUUACGAGUACUUGCCCCAAACAGCUGGCCUUAUAUUCGUUGUGGAUGCUUUGGAGUUCCUACCAAACUGCCAUGCAGCUGCAGAGUACCUGUAUGAUAUUUUAACGAAAACAAGUGUUGUGAAGCGGAAUAUCCCAGUUCUCAUACUAUGCAACAAGACUGAUAAAGUGACUGCUCAUACCAAGGAAUUCAUCAGGAAACAACUGGAAAAAGCAAUAGACAGGCUACGGGCGUCAAGAAAUGCUAUAUCAGCAGCUGACAUUUCUAAUGAAUUUACACUUGGUAUUGUCGGAGAAGCCUUUGCUUUCUCCCAAUGCCAUAAUAAGGUGACUAUUGCAGAAGCAUCUGGACUGACAGGUGAUAUUGUACAGGCUGAGCAGUUCAUUAGGGAACACAUCAGGCCGUAGAACCUGUUCGAUCAGCCCUUUAGCUGCAUUUUAUGGGGGUGUAUUACUUCUGCACAAUUUUUAAAAAAAAAAGCUCUUUAGGCCAGGUUUGUCUUAAACACAUGCUUUCUCUGCCGAUUAAAGGCAUUCAGCCAUGUAGUCCAAAAGAAUUAGUCUGCUAACCAUUUGAUGUAGGAUAUGAUGGUCCUGUUGAUACGUUGCCUUGCAUUUACUUGGAGGAUGCCUCAUUGCUGGGACUUACCAAAGAAUUAUAAUUGAUAUUGAUUAAAAUUGGUUGAUUAAGCACUA